AUGGCUGCCCUUCCCCGAUUCCCCAGUCUUCUCCGGACUACCUCCCGGACUCUAACCAGACGAAUCCAUCAUCCCCUCAUCCAGCCCCCCGCACUACGCACCCUAGCAACCAAGCACCCGAAGGACUUCGUUCCUCCAACGGAAGACGAUUUACUCGAGCUACGAGAACGAGUCCAAGAGUUCACCCGGCGCGAGAUUCCAGAGGAGCUGGCCGCACGGACCGACGCCCAGAAUGAGUUCCCGGCGGAGAUGUGGAAGAAGUUUGGCGAUGCUGGAUUCUUGGGCAUCACCGCGAACGAAGAGUACGGCGGUCUCGGGAUGGGCUACCAGGCCCACUGCAUAGUCAUGGAGGAGAUCAGUCGUGCCUCUGGAAGCAUCGCUCUCUCAUACGCCGCCCAUUCCCAACUCUGCGUCAACCAACUCUCCUUGAACGGGAACGCCGACCAGAAAGAACGAUUCCUCCCCGGGCUUCUCUCGGGAGACAAAGUCGGCGCGCUAGCCAUGUCGGAGCACUCGGCCGGGUCCGAUGUCGUGAGUAUGAAGACCACGGCGAAGGCCGUGGACGGGGGGUGGGUGUUGAACGGAACGAAGAUGUGGAUUACGAACGGCCCAGAUGCAGACUACGUGGUGGUCUAUGCCAAAACGGAGCCGGAGAAGGGGUCCAAGGGUAUCACCGCGUUUGUGGUCGAGAAGGAGUUUCAGGGUUUCUCCUGCGCCCGGAAGCUUGACAAGCUGGGCAUGCGUGGCUCGAACACUGGAGAGCUGGUCUUUGAAGAUGUCUUCGUCCCGAAGGAGAAUGUCCUCGGCGAGGUGAAUCGCGGCGUGAAGGUGUUGAUGGAGGGGUUGGAUCUGGAGCGCCUGGUGCUCAGUGCGGGUCCUCUGGGAAUCAUGCAGGCUGCGCUGGAUCUCGUGCUGCCCUAUACGCACGUCCGCAAACAGUUUGGGAUGCCGAUCGCUCACAAUCAGCUGAUCCAAGGCAAGCUCGCCGACAUGCACACUAAACUGGCGGCAUCGCGGGCCUACACCUACGCGACUGCCCGGCAGAUCGAUAACUCGGCCGGUUCUCCGUCUGGAGCCGUCAUCCGCACCCAGGACUGCGCCGGGGCGAUCCUCUAUGCUGCGGAACGAGCGACAGAAUGCGCGCUCGAUGCCAUUCAGCUCAUGGGAGGCAACGGAUACAUCAACGAGAUUCCGGCGGGGAGAUUGCUACGAGAUGCGAAGUUGUACGAGAUCGGAGCGGGCACGAGCGAGAUUCGGCGGAUGGUGAUAGGACGGGCAUUCAACAAGGAGUACGCAUAG